CGCCUUUCCUGGCCAUGCACGCGUCCAGCCAAGGGAAGGGAACGUCGAAACAGAGGAAGAGGGACUGAACAGGUGGUCACAAAACAGAGCUAACCAUGUCGUCCCGCGAGGAAAGGUGAACGAUCUGUACGUCUGAUAUAUUUUAAGGACACGAAGCUGAAGAACCAAAGAAAAAAAUUAAUGUUCCUUCAGUCAUUCAAAGGGGUCCUUCAUCCUUGGGUUAACUCCGACUCUGUGGAAGAUAUCGGAUACUAAACCAUGAAAGUGACUGUGUGUUUUGGAAGGACUAGGGUGGUUGUACCGUGCGGAGAUGGGAAUAUUAAAGUGCAUACCCUUAUCCAGCAAGCUGUCAUGCGAUAUAAAAAGGCCAUUGCUAAGGAUGCAGGGUACUGGCUUCAGGUCCACAGGCUGGAGCACGGGGACGGGGGGAUCCUGGACCUGGACGACAUCCUCUCAGACGUGGCGGACGACAAAGACAGGCUGGUGGCGGUGUACGAGGAGCAGGACCCUCACCUUGGGGGGGAUGGCACCAGCUCCACAGGGACCCAGAGCCCGGACCUGUUCGCCAGCGAGUCCAACACCAGCGCCGUGUCGGCCUUCCACCCCUACCAGGCCGCCAGCGAGAUCGAGGUCACGCCGUCCGCCCUCCGCACCAACAUGCCCCUCCACGUGCGCCGUAGCAGCGACCCUGCCCUGCUGCUGACGGUGAACGGCCCCUUCUCCGAACCCCGGGGGGCCCAGCCAGAAGAACCGUCCCGGAGGAACCCCACGCGGUGGUCCACCACCGCCGGCUUCCUCAAGUCCCACCAUCACUCCACCGGCACCAACAGCCUGGAGAGAAAGGCUAAAGGUCUGGACACCUACCGCAGCCUUCCCAGGGACGCGGGGGGCUGGACCAAUCAGAGAGAGUUCCAGAGGGAGACUGCUCGGUCCUCGCUGAGCGCCAACCACCCCAUGGUGGACCGGUGGCUGGAGCGCCAGGAACAGGAGGAGGUGGAGGGGCGGGAAGAAGAGAACGGACGCAUCGAACCGAUUGGCCGAGCUGACUCCUGUGUAGACCACACCCCCGUGAGGUCACUAGAUGACCUGGUGAAGCUGGUGGAGGUGUCCAAUGACGGGGGGCUGGGGAUCCACGUAGUGCCUUCAGUGCCAGGGGACCGCAGGACUCUGGGGCUGCUGGUCAAGCGCCUGGAGCGGGGGGGCAAGGCUGAGCAGCUGGGCCUGUUCCACGAGAACGACUGCAUCGUCCGCAUCAACAACGGAGACCUGCGCAACAUCCGCUUCGAACAAGCCCAGAACAUGUUUCGCCAGGCCAUGCGUUCCCCCGUCAUCAUGUUCCACGUAGUCCCCUCCCCCAUGAAGAACCACUACGAGCAGCUGUCCCACACAGAGCACCCCCCACACCCCCCCUCUUCCUCAGGACACUUCAGCCCCGAGUCCCUGGCCAGCGAGCGGGCCGGGGGCACCCCCACCUCCAGCCUGGACCACACCCCCCAGAGGAUGUCCCGCCACGGGCCCCCCCUGACUCCCAAUGCCCACUCCCCCCCGCCGCCCUCCAUGGGCAAGCCACCCACAGGCCACGCCCCCUCGCCGCAGAAAAUCCUAAGCUCCGCCCCCACGGGAGGGUACGCGAAGAAGGUUGGGCGGAGGCUGAUCAUUCAGCUGAAGAAAGGUCCUGAGGGUCUGGGGUUCAGCAUCACGUCUCGUGACGUGCCCAUCGGAGGCUCCGCCCCCAUCUACGUGAAGAACAUCCUGCCCCGUGGGGCAGCCAUCCAAGAUGGCCGCCUCAAGGCUGGAGACCGUCUGCUAGAGGUGAACGGGGUGGACCUGACUGGGAGGACGCAGGAAGAGGCGGUGGCUCAGCUCCGGGCCACACCCAUGGGAGGGGCCGUGGGACUGGUCAUCCUGCGCCAGGAGGAGGCCUUCAUACCUCGUGAAGUGAACACAGAGCCUGUGAUGCAAAGCCCGGGAGAUUUGCAGGUGGAGGAGGACGAGCUGGUCCUGACCCCAGACGGGACCAGGGAGUUCCUGACCUUCGAGAUCCCCCUGAGUGACUCGGGCUCCGCGGGCCUGGGGGUCAGCGUCAAGGGCAACCGCUCCAAGGAGAACCAUGCCGACCUGGGCAUCUUCGUCAAGUCCAUCAUCAACGGAGGCGCUGCCUGCAAGGAUGGCAGGCUUAGGGUUAACGACCAGCUCAUCGCCAUCAACGGUGAGUCGUUGCUAGGGAAGACCAACCAGGAUGCCAUGGAGACGCUACGUAAGUCCAUGUCGACGGAGGGCAACAAGCGGGGCAUGAUCCAGCUGAUCAUCGCCAGGAGGGUCACGAAACGCCACGAGGACUCCCUGGGCGGUCCUCUGGGGCACCAGCAGACCCUGAACACGUCCCUGGACGACCACGAGCGGCGCAUCUCCCACUCCCUGUACGGGGGGAUUGAGGGCUUGGACGACAACCUGAUGCCCAGGCAGGGCCUGUUGGGCCGCAUGAUGGGAAACUACCAGCUCUCCCCGACCGUCAACAUGCCCCAGGACGACACGGUCAUCAUCGAGGACGAUAGGCCACCCCUACUUCCUGUCCACCUCUCUGACCAAUCGUCGACAAGUUCCCAUGACGACAUGGGCUUUGCUGCAGAUGUGACUCCGCCCUGGGCUAAAGAGACACCCAAUCAGAAUGAGAGUUCGGGGGUUCCAGACGAGAGCGACCCGGACGGUGCCUUUCAGAGGGAGGGCUUUGGCAGACAGAGCAUGUCGGAGAAACGCACCAAGCAGUUCGGAGACGCCAGCCAGCUGGAGGUCCUCAAGACACGCAAGUCCAAGAGCAUGGACCUAGUAGCCGACGAGAUUAACCUCUCCCCACGCACAGAGAACCACUCAGGCUCCUCGACCCGGGACGUGGGCCCGUCCCUGGGCCUGAAGAAGUCCAGCUCCCUGGAGAGUCUCCAGACCGCCGUGGCGGAGGUCACCCUGAACGGGGACAUGCUUUUCCACAGACCGCGUCCGCGCAUCAUCAGGGGCCGCGGAUGCAACGAGAGCUUCCGGGCGGCCAUCGACAAGUCGUACGACCGUCCGGCUCCGCCCGAGGAAGAGGACGAGGGCAUGGAGACGCUGGAGGAGGACACGGAGGAGAGUUCGCGGUCGGGGAGGGACUCCGUGUCGACCGUGGCGGACCUGACCCCGCUCCCCAACCCAGACAGACCGCGUAGUGAACCGCUGGUCAACGGGAACAACCGCACCAAAGACGACAAGAAGAAGGAGAAGGGAGGGAAGGAGAAGAAAGAGAGGGACAAAGACAAAGAGAAGGAGAAAGAAAAGAAUAAAGCCAAGAAAGGCAUGCUGAAGGGACUAGGGGAAAUGUUUAGGUUCGGCAAACACCGCAAAGACGACCGUCCAGGAGACAAGAUGGAGCGGAAGGGCUCCAGCAAGUGGAGGCCGGAGGAGACACAAGCGUCAGAGGAGGAGACCCUGAGGAUGAAGCUGGAGCAGGAGAGGAUCCAGGCCAAGACCAGGGAGCUGAGAGAGAGGCAGGCCCGGGAGAGGGACUAUGCCGAGAUCCUGGACGUGGCCCGGCCCGCGGGCCCCGACGAGGAGCACCCGUACGCGGGCAUCGGCCCCCUGGACACGUCCCUGGACGGGGGGCACAGCCAGCCUCACAGCCCCCGAGUGGAGCUCCACCAACACCACUACUCAGACUCUGUUUACACCCAAGUCAGCAAGGCACGCAACGGGCGCCCACCCUCGGCAGACAGUAACAGACUAGCCCCUAGCAACCACGAUCGGAUACAGAGGCUGAGGCAUGAGUUCCAGCAGGCCCAGCAAGACGACGACCCAGACGACCGCCGGAGGACGUAUAGCUUCGAGCAGCCCUGGCCCAACGCCAGCGCUGGUACGUACACACAGCCAGGACGCCACUCAGUGUCUGUGGAGGUGCAGAUGCAGAGACAGAGACAAGAGGAGAGAGACGCCUUCCAACAGGCCCAGAGACAGUACAGCUCACUGCCCCGACAACCCAGGAAGACCCCCAGCAGUGUCUCCCAGGACUCCUGGGACAAGGCCUACCCUCCCGGCGAGGUGUUCCUGACGGCCAAGGACAACCCUCGCUACUCCAGCUACCAGGGCUCCCGCAACGGCUACCCUGCCGCCGGCGGGGGGGUCAACGCCCGCGUGCUGCUGGAGGCACAGGAGCUGCUGAGGCAGGAGCAGAGGCGCCGGGAGCAGGAGGCCAAGGGGAAGCCGGCGCCCCCUGCGGAGCACGGGGGGAAGUACGACGUCUACUCGCCGCUCAGGGACCCGGCCUCGCCCAAGGGGCCGUACCGGCAGGACGUCCCCCCGUCUCCCUCCCAGCUGGCCAGGCUCAACAGGCUGGGCUCGGAGAAGGGGCGGCCCUUCUACUCCUGAGGGAAGGACUGUGGAGGA